GGAGCUCUCAGAGAGGGCAGGGUUUCAAGGGGAAAUGUCUGGUUUCCUUUCAGACCUGGUCCAAUACCGGAAGCUGUUGCUAAUGAUUGUGGUGCUGGGAAUUGGUGGAACCCACCUCUCUGGUUUUCAAAUGUCUGUGAUCAAUUAUACUUCUCCUUACAUUCAGAAGUUUCUCAAUGAAACGUGGCUGGAGCGAUACGGUUCUGUGCUGCACCAGGAGACCCUCACGCUGCUGUGGUCCGUCGUUGUGUCCCUGUACUGCGUGGGUGGGAUGAUGGGGUGUCUGUGCAGUGGGUACCUGACUGCAAAAUUUGGAAAGAAGAAAUGUCUGUUGCUCAACGAUGUGAUCCUAAUAAUAGCCACGCUGCACACGGGCUUCAGCAGGACAGCCAAGUCUUUUGAGAUGAUCCUGGUUGGGCGCUUCCUCGAGGGCAUCUGUGCUGGAAUACAUCUGGGUACCCAUGUUCAGUAUGCUGGAGAGAUCUCACCCAAGAAGCUGCGUGGAUUUAUAAAUGUGACCUCCUCGGUGUUUUUUGCACUGGGAAAAACUGUAGCAAGAAUUCUUGGAUUACGAGAUCUUUUAGGAACUGAAGACAGAUGGAAUGUGCUAUUGUCCUUCUCUGGCUUGGUGGCAUUGAUUCAACUGCUCUUUUUACCAUUCUUUCCUGAGUCCCCUCCCUAUCUCUUGCUACAGAAAGGAGACAAGGCUGGAUGCUUGAAAGCCAUGAAGCAACUCUGGGGAGAAGGGAACUACCACACAGAAUUUGAGGACUUGAUGAAGGAAAAGGCUAUAACAAAAGGCACCAAAAUCAUGAACGUCCUGGAGGUGCUGAGAGAACCGUCCGUGUACCCGCAGCUCAUUACCAUGCUCCUCCUGCUACUGAGUCUGCAGCUCUGUGGCCUGAGUGCAAUCACCUUUUACACCUCAGAAAUUUUUCAGACUGCCAACCUGCAGGAAAGCAUAAUCCCAUAUGUGUCUCUAGGAGUUUCAGUCUCUGAACUCAUCUCUGUCAUAUUCUGUAGCUCCAUAAUCGACCGGUUUGGACGCCGGAUACUCCUGUGUGGUGGUUACUUGCUGAUGGCACUGAUACUGGUGUUGCUCGAAACAAGCCUCCUGCUGAGUGAUCAGUUCCUCUGGAUGCGAUACUGCAGUGUUGUUCUCAUCUUUUUAUUCAUCAUUGCUUAUGGGAUAGGACCAGCUGGAGCCGUUUCAUCUGUUACUAAUGAAAUCUUCACCCUCUCAACAAGAGCCUCUGCUUUUGUCAUUGGUGGAAUCGUCAUCUGGCUGGGCCUCACUUUCACUGGAAUGAUUUUCCCCUUUGCUGUAAUGCUUCUUGGUCCUUUUUGCUUCCUCAUCUUUAUUGCUGUCCUGAUCAUUUCAGCAAUUCUUAUCUACCUGUUCCUCCCAGAAACAAAAGGGAAGUCAAUCUCUGAAAUCACAGAAGAAUUCAAAACACGCCAGUUUAAGAAGAAACGUCACCAGGCUGUGGAGGUGAAUGCUACUGAAGAAAAGACAUUCUGCACCAAGCUCUGAUAAGCCACCACCAGUAACUUCCACUGACAAAAAGGCCUGUCUCAAAAUCAAACUGAAAACUGAACAUUAACAUGGACUUUUCUCGAUGAAAUGCAACCCAAAAAGCAAUCCAGAGACAGCUUGUCAUUAAUCCAAGUAGUCCUGUUUUAUAUUCAUCUUUGCUUUUCAUGGUGAGAGUCAAUGGCUCAUUCCUAGAGCAACUCUGUAGCAGGAAAACAAUAACAACUACAGACAUUUCUAAGAACUGGCACAUGGAAAACAUUUUCAGGCAUAAUGCACCAAUUGUAUUUCAGAUCUUUCUGCAUUGCUGUCAUUUUCAAGCAGCAAGAUUUGUCUUUAUGUUUGUUACUUUAUAAGAAAAUUCUGCUCAAGGUUAAGAGCAGGAUGAAGAAAGGAUUAAACACAGACAUAGUUCUUGCAAACAA